AUGGUUCUCGAAGAAGCAACAAACAACAGCGAGCCCAACUCGUUCGGCGAGCUUCCUACGCCAGACGAUGGCAGUGACGCCCAAACACCGACCCGCUACCACAUCAAGCUCGAUCAGUUACCUCGACCCGUCAACAUAUUCAUGGUGCCCGUCCGAGACGAUGCCAUAGUCAAGACCAUCUUAAGGAGCUGUCAAGAAGCCCAAUCAGUCAUCCACCGCCCACUCACCCAGGACGAGGUCGACGCCAUCAGCUAUCACUUUGCCAAGUCACUACGGACGGUAUCAUGGGGUCCGCCUCUUGGUAUCGCUGGUGGUGCUAUUGCUGCAUACCGUUCCAUGAACAACUUCCGCUUCCCUGGUUAUACUCCCAAGCCCGAGUCUGAAGGUGGUUCAUUCAACCCUGAGCGCUUUGGUCCUGUGCGUGGACAAAUGGCUCGUUAUGCCUGGCACACACUGCGUUUCCAGCUCUAUGGUGCUGUUGGCAUCUUCUUUGGUGGUAUCUUUGCUGCUAGUUACGCCACCUCGGUCAAUGCAGUCGAGACUGGCUCAGACCCUCGCAUGAAGGAUUAUAUCGAGGCACUCAAAAAUCGCGCACAAAGACACACUGGCCAGAUGCAGCCUCAAGGCCAGCGCAAUCCCAUCAUGAGCCAGGAAGGUCGCAUGGACCAGCAAGCACAAAGAGCAUCGCAAAGACUUGGUAUGGAAGAUGCUUGGAAGCGUCAAGAUGUCCAGCGCAAGGCUUCCGACUACGACGAUAUGAGUCCUACUGGAGGCGCUUGGAUGGACGACUACAAGCAGGAGGCUCAAGACACCGGUCUGUUGACAGACGAGCAACUCAAUGCGCGCGCCCGUAAAGAACAAUCAAAUGCAGACCGUGCUGAGAGACUUGAAGAGUCUAGAGUCGCAGCCCAAGCACAGUCUCGCAUUGAUCAGUCGCGAAGAAACAACAACAGCAGCGGUGAUGAUGCAUCUCCACAGGCCGCACCCGCUCCUCGCUCUUCAGGAAGUGCAUGGGACCGCAUCAGAGCAGAGUCCGCAAACUCCAAGAGCUCUCCACGCCAAUCACCAACCAAUACUCCUCAGGUUAGAAACGAGCAACAAGAAGGCUCAACACUAGGCGAUUCCUUCUCUUUCUCCUCGUCAGACGAGGAGAGACAACUAGCCAAGAUCGAAGCACAGAAAGAGUUUGACGCAAGAGUGGAACGAGAGCGCCAAGGAGGUGACUUUUCGGAAGGCAGCGCUCAUCGAGAGAUCACAAUGCGCGCCUCCGAGGCGCUGAACUCAAGCGAGUAA